UACGUGUUUAUUGGUUGUUUGCGGCACAGUGAUGAUACUUCUACCAUUACUGCAAAAUAAAGUCUGGAUACUGUUUAUGUCUGCUAUAUUAGGAAGCACGUAUUGUGUAACCGGUGGUUACACGCCGGACGUAAUAUUGAAGCUAGUCGGACUUGAAAACAUUUCGGAUGGUCUUGGUUUUGGACAAGUUGCCAAAGCUUUAGGAAGUACUAUUGCUGGACCACUAGCUGGAUUAUUGUUUCAAUGGAGUAGGCCCUAUGAAACAUCUUUCUACGUCGGCGGCAGUGUUUUUAUAGGAAGCUGUCUGCUGAUGAUCCCUAUCAUAACGUCAUUAAGAAGGCAGAGGACGUAUCGGCAAAAAACAGCACACAAUACUGUCAAACAUGUUAUUCCAGGUACAGACGAAAGUGCCGAAAUACAGCUGCAUCAGCUAUAGUUUCAAUUUGUUGAUCUCCGAACGUAUGUUUGAGUUCAAAAUAAAUAAGCACGUGUCGCUAGGACUGUAACGACAUUUUAGUGCUUGAACUUAUAGAUAUUAGAAUACUUUCACUGCCUCUUAUCAGAUACAU